UCUAAUCUUAAAAAUGCCUGCAAAAUUGUUAGAUUUAAGAAUAAAACAACAAGAAAUCAAAACAAAAUAUACCAAAAGGAAGGAAAAGGAAAGAAACAACAACAACUGAAGAACAGGCAACUUUCGUUUUCAAUUCGUGAAACGUUUCUGAGAUUGCAAAUGCACUUCUACUGACGACGCAGUCAUUCCGUGCGACUUCUACGGGUCAGAUACGCUUCUUAACAACAGCGUAAACACAACGGCCGAGUCAAAUGUAUUGAUAAAAAGCAUGAAAUAAUAUUUAUUUUAUAUAUAAUAUAUAAAUAAAUAUACAAAUAGAAGCUAGAGAGAUUCGUAUUCAAAAAUUUUGGCCAUAGCCGAAAAAUGUGGUUGCUUGUACCGAUUCUAAUCUACACUGUAAUUUUCCUAUAUGUGCGUCAUGUUUAUAGCCACUGGAGACGGAGAGGAUUUCCUGCUGAACGUACGGGUUUGAAUUGGCACUUCCUACGGCAGGUCUAUAAACGUGAAUUUCAAUAUGUAGAGGCCGUUGGAGAAGCCUACCAUAACAGUCAGCAACAGCUUGUUGGUAUCUAUUUUCUUUUCAAACCCAUUUUAUUAGUUCGUGAUAUAAAUUUGGCGCGAAAAAUUUUAAACAACUCAUUUCAUUAUUUUAACGACGUUAAAUGGGAUUAUGUUAGAAGUUACAGAAAGGUUAAUUUACUUGAAAAGUUGGCGCCAAUAUUCUCGAAGAGCAGACUAGAAGGUAUGUUUCGCAAUAUAGAGAAGGUUUCCACACAUAUGGUUAAGCAUUUAGAAAGCAAUCAACAAAAACAGAACAAAAUUGAAGUCGAUAUGCAGCAAAUACUAAAAACAUUCUCAAUUAAUGUAAUAAGCACUUUGGUCUAUGGAUUGGAUAUAAAUUUAUUUGCUGACACUGAUAGCAUAUUUUCAACUUAUAUGACGGCCUUUCUUAAAAAACGUGGUUAUAACUCAUAUACACUACACCGUCUACCUAAGAAAUCUUCAUUGACCUAUCGACUUCGAGAUGUAAUCAAAGAGAGCGUUGAACAACGCGAGGAUCAGGGUUACAUACGGAAAGAUAUACUUCAACUAUUGGUUAAAUUUCGUAACGGCAAUGAUAUAGGAUCUAAUAUUAAACAAACUUGGCAUAUUGAAAAUGUUUUCGAACGAGAAAAAUUAUUAUCCAUUAAAAAACUAGCACAAAUUGCUGAAGACUUUUUAAGUAUGGGUCUUGACACUAUAUCAUCUGCAACUAUUUUUACACUUUAUGAAAUACUGACCGAAACAACCAUUUUAGAAAAAGUUUUGAAGGAAAUUAACAAUAUCAAGAAAAGCAACGAUACUGAUGAAGAGCAUAUUAAUUUUAGUGAACUGGAAAAUCUAAGUUAUCUGGAUAUGUGCAUCAAAGAAACUCAGCGAAAAUACCCUGGAGUACCAAUAAUCGAGCAUGUUUGUCGCAAGAAUUUUAAUGUACCGGACUCUAGAUUUACUUUAAAGGAAGGAAAAACGGUAAUGAUACCUUUGAUGGCGCUUCAACAUGAUGAAAAGUAUUUUGAUGAACCACAAAAAUAUAGACCAGAACGGUUUCAAAAAAAUACUAAAUUGGCGGAUAAAGAAAACAUCAAUGAAACUAAUAUAUCGGCCGGACUUUGUAUUGGCCAGUAUUUUUCAAACAUUGUUAUUAAAUUGGCAUUAGUGCAGUUAUUACAAAAUUUUAAUAUGCAAAAACUGGAGAUGAAACAGCUCGAAUUAGCAUUUCAACCAACACCUUUCAUAAAAUCCCGCGAAGGUUUCAAAGUAAAGUUGGAGAGCAAAAUGAAGAAGCAAAUGUUUUAUGCAUAAAUUUUUAAAUUCUUUUGUUAAUUAAAAUUAAAUUUUUAAUUAAAAUUAAAUAUUUAAUUGAA